AUGGGGCAGGGGCUCGGGCCAGGUCUUACAGAAACCCACGCAAGUGUGCGGGACCGGAGGGAGGGAAUGCUUUCAGAACUGGGCCCCGCGGGGCGGCGGGCGGCCGUCUCCGGGCGCCACCUGCGCGCCGGGAGCGGAGCUCGCGAGUGGGGGUCGGAGGCUGGCUCGCGCGGGGACCCCGCCGCCCUGCCGAGGAGACCGGGGCGUGCGUCCCCGCGGUGCACCGCACACCAGCGUUCCCACCGAUCACUUCCUCCGCUCCCGCCGAGCCCGGCCCAGACUGCCGCCGAGGGGAAGUUGCAACCCGCGGCCGCUCAGGCGCCUCCUUCUCGCCAGCGCCGCUCUCCGGGACCCGCGCCCGGGCGCCGCUGGAGCCCUUCAGGUCGGGCGGCGCCGGGGCACCGGGGACCGGACGGGGACGUGCGGGAGUUUGUUAUUGUUUGCGGACAUGUGACAGGCGUGCGAGGCGCACUGCGGGGUCCCGUGGGCGCGCGGGUGUUAGAAGUCGGAGAUACCGGGGUUCCGUGGGGAGUCCGGGUGCAGUGCGGGGCUGGGCCGCGGGGCGGGUGUCGCGGGGCGGGCGGUGGUCGGAGAAGCUCAGGGGACGGGGGGUGGGAAAGCCCGAGGUCGGGUGGGGGACCCGGAGGCCGGGGAAGGGAGCGGCCCGGGCAGGUACCGGGCCGCGCUCCCGGGGUUGCGGGGACGCCUGUCAGCGCGGCGGAGCGCGGGGUGGGCGGUCUGCGAGGGGAGCCCGCGCGCCCCCUUCUUUCCCUUUUCCUCGGCGCGCCCCGCCGGGCGCCCGGUGCGUCUGGGAAUUUGAACUGCCCCGCCGCGACUCGGGUGACUACGGCGUGGAGUUUGCGUUUGGCCUUUGAAGUUUGCGUUGGGAGGAGCGGUGUGGGAGCCCGGACCGGAUGUGUCAGCCAUUCAGUUCCCCUGCGGCCGGUGAGCGCUCCCCGCAGCCUCCGGCGCGGCGCGGCGGGGACGGCCCUCCGUAACCUUGGCAGUGCUUUCUUGGUGGCCAGUCUUCAUCCUCUGAAACAUCGAGAAAUGGAGAAUAAAGAAACUCUGAAAGGGCUGCACAAGAUGGAUGAUCGCCCGGAGGAGAGGAUGAUCAGGGAGAAGCUGAAGGCCACCUGUAUGCCUGCCUGGAAGCACGAGUGGUUGGAGAGGAGAAACAGGAGAGGCCCUGUGGUGGUAAAACCAAUCCCUAUUAAAGGAGAUGGAUCCGAAAUAAAUACCUUAGCGGCUGAGUCUCAAGGAGAAGGCCGGGCCAGUGCCACUUCACCAGCCCCCAAGGGCCGACGCAGCCCAUCUCCCAGCAGCUCCCCAUCAGGUCGUACGGUGAAAUCAGAAUCUCCAGGAGUAAGGAGAAAGCGAGUUUCCCCAGUGCCUUUUCAGAGUGGCAGAACCACACCACCCCGAAGAGCCCCUUCACCAGAUGGCUUUUCCCCGUACAGCCCCGAGGAGACCAGCCGCCGUGUGAACAAAGUGAUGCGGGCCAGGCUUUACUUACUGCAGCAAAUAGGACCCAACUCCUUCUUGAUUGGAGGCGACAGCCCCGACAAUAAAUACCGCGUCUUUAUUGGGCCACAGAACUGCAGCUGUGGGCGUGGGACAUUUUGCAUUCAUCUGCUGUUCGUUAUGCUCCGGGUGUUUCAGCUAGAACCUUCAGACCCUAUGUUGUGGAGAAAAACUUUAAAGAAUUUUGAGGUUGAGAGUUUGUUCCAGAAAUAUCAUAGUAGACGUAGCUCGAGAAUCAAAGCUCCAUCUCGUAACACCAUCCAGAAGUUUGUUUCACGCAUGUCCAAUUCUCAUACAUUGUCCUCAUCUAGUACUUCUACAUCUAGUUCAGAAAACAGCAUAAAAGAUGAGGAGGAGCAGAUGUGUCCCAUUUGCUUAUUGGGCAUGCUUGAUGAGGAAAGUCUUACAGUAUGUGAAGAUGGCUGUAGGAACAAGCUGCACCACCACUGCAUGUCAAUCUGGGCAGAAGAAUGUAGAAGAAAUAGAGAACCUUUAAUAUGUCCCCUUUGUAGGUCUAAAUGGAGAUCCCAUGAUUUCUACAGCCAUGAGUUGUCAAGCCCUGUGGAUUCCCCUUCUUCCCUGCGAACAGUACAGCAGCAGACUUUGGCUGGAUCACAAAGAAGGACUCAAGAGAGCAAUUUUAACCUUACUCAUUAUGGAACUCAGCAGAUCCCUCCUGCUUAUAAAGAUUUAGCUGAGCCGUGGAUUCAGGUGUUCGGAAUGGAACUCGUUGGCUGCUUAUUUUCUAGAAACUGGAAUGUAAGAGAAAUGGCCCUCAGGCGCCUCUCCCAUGACGUUAGUGGGGCCCUGCUGUUGGCGAAUGGGGAGAGCACUGGAAGUUCUGGGAGCAGUGGUGGAGGCAGCCCAAGUGCUGGAGCCUUCAGUGGAUCUUCCCAGACCAGCAUCUCAGGAGACGUAGUGGAGGCAUGCUGCAGUGUCUUGUCAAUCGUCUGUGCUGACCCUGUCUACAAAGUGUAUGUUGCUGCUUUAAAAACAUUGAGAGCCAUGCUGGUAUAUACUCCUUGCCACAGUUUGGCAGAAAGAAUCAAACUUCAGAGACUUCUCCGACCAGUUGUUGACACCAUCCUAGUCAAGUGUGCAGAUGCCAAUAGCCGCACAAGUCAACUGUCCAUAUCAACACUUUUGGAGUUGUGCAAAGGGCAAGCAGGAGAAUUGGCAGUUGGUAGAGAGAUACUUAAAGCUGGAUCCAUUGGUAUUGGUGGUGUUGAUUAUGUCUUAAGUUGUAUUCUUGGAAACCAAACUGAAUCAAACAACUGGCAAGAACUCCUGGGCCGUCUUUGUCUUAUAGAUAGACUAUUGUUGGAAUUUCCUGCUGAAUUUUAUCCUCAUAUUGUCAGUACUGAUGUAUCACAAGCUGAGCCUGUUGAAAUCAGGUAUAAGAAGCUGCUGUCCCUUUUAACCUUUGCUUUGCAGUCUAUUGAUAAUUCCCACUCCAUGGUGGGAAAGCUAUCUCGAAGGAUAUAUUUGAGUUCUGCAAGAAUGGUUACUGCAGUACCCAAUGUGUUUUCAAAACUGUUAGAAAUGCUUAGUGUCUCCAGUUCCACUCACUUCACCAGGAUGCGUCGUCGUUUGAUGGCUAUUGCUGAUGAGGUGGAAAUUGCUGAGGCCAUCCAGUUGGGACUAGAAGACACUUUGGAUGGUCAACAGGACAGCUAUUUGCAGGCAUCUGCCCCUAACAGCUAUCCAGAGGACAGUUCCCUUGAGCACACAGUCCAUUUAGAGAAAACUGGAAAAGGAUUACAUGCUACAAGUUUAAGUGCCAGUUCAGAGGACAUUUCUGACAGACUGACAAGCAUUUCAGUAGGACUUCCUAGUUCAGCCACAACAGAACAACCAAAGCCUAUGGUUCAAACAAAAGGCAGACCCCACAGUCAGUGUUUGAACUCCCCUCCUUUAUCUUCUCAUUCUCAUUUAAUGUUCCCAACUGCAUCAACCCCAUCUUCAUCUGCCCCAUCAGUACCAGCUGGCUCUGUAACAGAUGUCUCUAAACAUAGACCUCAGGGAUUUGUUCCCUGCAAAAUAUCUUCUGCAUCUCCUCAAACACAGCGCAAAUUUUCUCUACAAUUCCAGAGGAACUAUUCCGAAAGCAAAGACCUAGAGAAACUCUCCCCAAUCUUCACUCAAUCAAGACCUUUACCCUCCAGUAACAUACACAGGCCAAAGCCAUCUCGACCUACGCCAGGUAACACAAAUAAACAGGGAGAUGCCUCCAAAAGUAGUAUGACACUUGAUCUGAAUAGUACUUCCAAAUGUGAUGACAGCUUUGGCAGUAGCAACAAUAGCAGUAGUGCUGUUAUACCAAGUGAAGAGACAGUGUUCACCCCAGUAGAGGAGAAAUGCAGAUUAGAUGUCAAUACAGAGCUCAACUCCAGUAUCGAGGACCUUCUUGAAGCAUCUAUGCCUUCAAGUGACACAACUGUUACUUUUAAGUCAGAAGUUGCUGUACUGUCUCCUGAGAAGGCAGAAAAUGAUGAUACCUACAAAGAUGAUGUGAAUCAUAAUCAAAAGUGCAAAGAAAAAAUGGAAGCUGAAGAAGAAGAAGCUUUAGCAAUUGCCAUGGCAAUGUCAGCGUCUCAGGAUGCCCUCCCCAUAGUUCCUCAGCUACAGGUUGAAAAUGGAGAAGACAUCAUCAUUAUUCAACAGGACACACCAGAGACUCUUCCAGGACAUACCAAAGCAAAACAACCUUAUAGAGAAGAUACUGAAUGGCUGAAAGGUCAGCAGAUAGGCCUUGGAGCAUUUUCUUCUUGUUAUCAGGCACAAGAUGUGGGAACUGGAACUUUAAUGGCUGUUAAACAGGUAACAUAUGUGAGAAACACAUCUUCUGAGCAGGAAGAAGUAGUAGAAGCACUGAGAGAGGAGAUAAGAAUGAUGAGCCAUCUGAAUCAUCCAAACAUCAUUAGGAUGUUGGGAGCCACAUGUGAAAAGAGCAAUUACAAUCUCUUCAUUGAAUGGAUGGCAGGAGGAUCUGUAGCUCAUCUCCUGAGUAAAUAUGGAGCUUUCAAGGAAUCUGUGGUUAUUAACUAUACUGAACAGUUACUUCGUGGUCUUUCAUAUCUGCAUGAAAAUCAGAUCAUUCACAGAGAUGUCAAAGGUGCCAAUUUGCUAAUUGACAGCACAGGUCAGAGGCUGAGAAUUGCAGACUUUGGAGCGGCAGCCAGGUUGGCAUCAAAAGGAACUGGUGCAGGAGAGUUUCAGGGACAGUUACUUGGGACAAUUGCAUUUAUGGCACCUGAGGUACUAAGAGGUCAGCAAUAUGGCAGGAGCUGUGAUGUGUGGAGUGUUGGCUGUGCUAUUAUAGAAAUGGCUUGUGCAAAACCGCCUUGGAAUGCAGAAAAACAUUCCAAUCAUCUUGCUUUGAUAUUUAAGAUUGCUAGUGCAACCACUGCUCCAUCGAUUCCUUCACAUCUGUCUCCUGGUUUACGUGAUGUAGCACUGCGUUGUUUAGAACUUCAACCUCAGGACAGACCUCCAUCAAGAGAGCUACUAAAGCAUCCAGUCUUCCGUACUACAUGGUAGCCAAUUAUAUGAAUAAACUCUUAAUAGAGACAGAAUGCUUAACAAGAAAGAAAAAACUUGUGGGAAACCACAUUGCUAAUCUGCUGGCCUUCAUGCCACUGAGCAGCUAUGAAGAAGGCCAGUAGAAAACCCUUACCUAAGUAUGUGAUUGACAAAUCAUGAUCUGUACCUAAGCUCAGUAUGCAAAAGUCCACAACUUGUGCAGAAACUGUAAACAGUGCCUUUCAAAGAACUGGCCCUAGGUAAACAGGAAAGCAAUGAAGUUUGCAUGGCUAAGUAACAGAAGCAUUGUGUUUUUGGAGCACUUUUUCAGCAAUAUUAGCAGCUGAGGGGCUCAGGAUCUAUUUUAAUGUAUCAGUUAUUCUUCAUUUCAUAUAAUGAUCACAAACGGGGUUCGGCAAUUCCGUUUUUGAUACUGGUGUUGUCCAUUGUGGGGUGUUUUUGUUUUGUUUGUUUUUGUCACUGGCUGUAAAAAUCGGUAUCUGCCUCUUUUAAGUCAGACUAUGAGUAGCAGUAAAUAUAAAUAUAUAUACACACAUCUACAUAUAUACAUGUGUGCAUAUGUAUAUA